AUGAAUAUUUUGAAGGCGUUUUUCUUCACUUUCAUUUCGACAAUCUUAUAUUUAGGGCCCACAGAAAUCUCCACUCAGGAUGUAAACAAUUCAUCCAUAUUAGUUUGUAGCGGUGCGGACAACUGUGAAACAUGCGUACGAGACACUGCCUGCUUUUGGUGUGAGACAAAGCUGCUGUGCAAGGUUUACAGCGCUGGAAACGAAGAAGCACAGAAUAAACAAUGCGGAGAGUGGAAAUGGAAGAGCUGUAACGAGGUGAUAGAGGCACCCACAGCAGUUAUCAUCAGUGCGGCUACGGUUUCAGCCGGUUUGAUUUUUGGUAAGUACUCAGUUGAGGUUAAUCUCUUAUGCAACAUACUGGUGCAACUUACAUGUAAAUACGAUGAGUUAAAACUUUUGAUCUCAUUAGCUCGGCAUGCGCAAUUUCCGUUUAUUCUCCUCAAGGUUGAAGUAAGGGUCAGACUGCUCAAAAUAAUAAGUCACUAUUUAGUGAUUUCACCGUAGAGUUGUGGCAAUAUGUUUAUAUAGUUCUCAAGGUUUGAUAAACUGUAUGCUGAAUUCUACAACGUUCCCCGAUAAAGUGUUACCGCUACAUGCCGGCCCACUGAACCAAAGACCGACGUUACAACCCUUCAUUGAGCUGAAAACUGUCUUAUUUCUUACUUCUUCUACAGUUUUCUUGGUGUUCAUCUGUAUUAAAAGAGAUAUAUGGAACAGUUUGAAGAACUCACAGUUUUGUGACAGAUGGGACAGGUCUGAUAGAGAGGGGCUGUUUGAACAAGAAGAACGAUUAAAAAGGAAAAGAAAACAUAGAAAAUCACAGAGCAGCAAAGCGCAAAAAUUCGCUGAAAAGUAUCAACUUAAUGAUUCCGAGAUCCUUUUGUACCAAUCACCGUAA